GGUUGUACUUGAUGCUGAGAACUUGUGUUUGCUGGUUUUUAUCAUUAGCUCGGAGUGGUCAUUAGCAGGAGCUAUUUUUAAAACAGUAUUUAAAUGUUUGAUCCCGUCAAACCGUUCCUUGUGUUCUGCGAAUGUGCCAAAACUCAGCUUAACCUUUCUGAGCACAAACACAAACAUAUGUCCCCACACGAAAUGGCUUGUUUGCGUUCACGCUAGUGUUGAGCGGAUAUGCAAUACUAAAAGAAUAAACAAAACACUUGAAUUGUUUUACAAAAACUCAAAGUUAAAGCUAUUUGUAGCCAAAAUAAACACAAAAUUAAGUGUGUUAGUUGCACGUACAACGGUUAAGUGUCAGUGUGUUGUCAAAAGCAAUUCGGGCAAAUGUUUGUUGUGCGGAUAGUGUAGGCCAAAUCCAAACAGAGGAAACAUCCCCAACAUCUUGCUGUGCCCAAAGCUAGUCCGCUAAUAUUUAAUUCCCGAAGGAUUAUAACAGAAAACACGCCAGAAUGUCCACGAAAUCAUCCAACAGCAUUGACAGCCGCACCGAGCUGGCCGAUCUUGUUAAAAGAAAGGCAGAAAUCUCGGAAACGUUAGCGAACUUGGAACGGCAAAUUUAUGCCUUCGAGGGAUCGUAUCUGGAGGACACCCAGCUGUACGGGAACAUCAUCCGCGGGUGGGAUCGGUAUCUGACCACCAACAAAACCACCAACUCGAAGGCGGACAAACGGAACCGAAAGUUUAAGGAAGCGGAGCGGCUGUUUUCCAAAUCAUCCAUCACCUCGAUGGCGGCCGUCAGCGGUUUGGUGGACACGAGCGACACCAAGCACGAGCGCAACUCGGAAUCCGACUCGAUGACGAACGACGAUUCGAGCGACAAUCAGGCCGGUGGCACGCAUUCCACCGUGAACCAUUCGUCGGGCGCGCGCGAACCCGCCACCCCGGCUGCGGUGGCCGCAUCUGCCGGGACGGAUGGUGGUGGUGGUGCAUUGAAAAAUUCCGUCAACAAAUCGUCGCUCGCCAACCAAUCGAAGGCCAACGCGGCGGACAAAUCGUCGUCCGGUGGUACGUUUUUGAACCGCGCCACUACACCCACCAAGGAGUCCGCCACGAACAGCACGUCCAGCUUGGCGAAAGAUGCGGCCGCCACGAACAGUAGCGGCAACACGCCCAGCAGCACCGCCAAGCACAAGGCGAGCAACAUCGGCUCGAUGAAGAAGGGCAGCUCGAACAAGAAGGUGCGACAUCGCUAGCGCGAAAAGCAGCGGUGGCGCUUGGCGCGGCUCACCAUGGGACGGCGCUGGGGCAGUUCUAGAUCUUAACAUUGUACACAUGUGACAUUUGAAUGUAUUCACUUUAAGCUAAUAAAUACGAUAAAUUAAUGCUUACCGAUAUAAAUGAGAGAAA